CGGAGGGCACAGAGAGCAUUUACCAAAAGAGAGAGUGAGAGAGAGAGAUGGCACAACGAGUGCAACAGGAUUGUGUUUACGACAAGCAGCACGAGACGAGCACAUCCUUGGGACGAUAACAGCUCGCGCGUUCACGAUUCUAGACGCGCACCAAUAAUUUCGCGCGUAUCAUUCUCAUCGCUCAUUUUAUUAUCAUCACGAUUUAUUUAACGAUUUCAGCGCGAAAUAUUCUCUGAUUUCCAUCCGCUGGCUUCCAUCUGUUAAUUAUGUUUUUUUGAAGCAGAGGAGAGGAAGGGAGGGAUGUUAUAAUCAGACCGCUGCAGUGUCUGGCCAGUGGAGGAGAUAAGAGGCAACCACGGAAACGGAACCGAUCUGGACAGGAGACGCACACCGGGAACACACACCCUCCGGGGAUUAUAUUCUAUUCUUCUUGAUCGGCGCGUUGAUUCUGGAAUAUCAGGAAAAUAAACCCCCUCCGUCCCUCUCUCCUUAUCGGGAAAGCCUCGACAUCCGUGCCUUCCAUCCUCUCCGUAUGCCGCUGGAGACUCCACAGCUGUAGCGGAGGACGCUGUUUACGGUCUGGCCGAGAGGUUUGGGCGCUCCGUCACCCCGGGGUGUGGCAGGCAGAGUGACCGCUGAGUGGAGGAUGGUUUGGGUGUGAAUAUGGGGAAGGACCAGGAACUACUGCAGGCAGUAAAGACGGAGGACCUGCUCACCGUUCAGAAGCUGCUGCAGAGGCCCGGGAAAGCAAAGCUCCUUGGUUCUGCUAAGAGGGUCAACGUCAACUUCCAGGAUACAGACGGGUUUGCUCCGCUGCACCAUGCUGCUCUCAGUGGGAACCUGGAGCUCAUCUCUCUGCUGCUGGAAUCGCAGGCCACCGUGGACAUCAGGGACCAGAAGGGGAUGCGCCCACUGCACUAUGCGGCUUGGCAGGGGAAGGCGGAGCCUAUGAAGAUGCUGCUGAAGUCUGGUUCGUCGGUCAACGGCCAAUCAGACGAGGGACAGAUCCCUCUGCACCUGUCGGCACAGCACGGACACUACGACGUGUCUGAGAUGUUGCUCCAGCACCAGUCUAAUCCGUGUAUAGUGGACAAUGCAGGAAAGACUCCACUCGAUCUGGCCUGUGAGUUCGGCAGGGUCGGGGUGGUUCAGCUCCUUCUCAACAGUAACAUGUGUGUGGCCCUGCUGGAACUGAAACCAGGAGAUUCUACUGACCCCAAUGGGACCUCUCCUCUACACCUGGCGGCCAAGAACGGACACAUAGACAUCAUCAGGCUGUUGAUCCAGUCUGGAAUAGACAUCAACAGACAGACCAAGGCUGGCACGGCUCUGCAUGAGGCAGCUCUCUGUGGGAAGACUGAGGCAGUUCGCCUCCUGCUGGAUAGUGGUAUCAAUGCAGCGGUGAGGAACACCUACAGCCAGACUGCCCUGGACAUAGUUUACCAGUUCUCUGCUUCACAGGCCAGCAGAGAGAUCAAACAGCUACUCAGAGAUGCGUCAGCAGCCCUCCAGGUCAGGGCCUUGAAGGAUUACUGCAACAACUACGACCUGACCAGCCUCAACAUCAAGGCUGGGGACGUCAUCACGGUUCUCGAGCAGCAUGUUGACGGGCGCUGGAAGGGCUGUAUCCAUGACAACCGUACAGGAAAUGACCGCGUGGGCUACUUCCCUUCUACAAUAGUGGAGGUCAUCAACAAGAGAACAGGUUUGCCGAGCACAGUCAUUAACACCCAACAGUUUCAAAAGAUACAGCUCGUUCCCACGCCGACGGUCGCCCCCGCCAACUCAGCGGUCGUCAACGGCAACGAAACCACGUUCCAUCAGUUCCAUAUCCUGCCUCCUCCGCCUCCUCCACCUCCACAUACCCAUCAGCCACUGCUUCCACUAUUCACUUCCUUUGGCUAUAACAGGUCGCCCGUGACGACCCCGGGGGACACACCCCCCACCCCCCCAGGUUGUCGCGGCUCAGAAGCCACCCCUCACGGUUCCCCCACCCGGUCCUGCGGCCCCCAGGGCAGCUCCAGCGAGGAGAUAUGGGUGCUGCGCAAGCCUGGGCCAGGAGACCGAAGCAGCGUGGGGAGCUCUGGCAGUGUGACCAGUGUGAGGUCAUCAGGGAGUGGUCAGAGUGCCGGGAGCUCCACCCACAUUCUCCACGCGCAGGCCGAGGGGGUUAAGCUCCUGGCUACAGUGCUGUCUCAGUCUGCCAAAGCCAAAGAGCACCUGCUGGAGCAGUCCAAGUCUGUAGAGCUAUCUACAGGCUCCGCCUCUGCCUCUAGACAGUCGAGCCAAUCAGGAUGCCCGCUCCAUGAAGCUCCACCUUAUGACGCCACGGCAACCUGGAAGGGGGAGGGGCAAGGCGAGGGGAAGAGCUCUGAGGCUGUUGUCCAAUGGCUGAGUGACUUUCAGCUGCAGGUCUACGCUCCAAACUUCAUCAGCGCCGGGUAUGACAUAGCCACCAUUAGCAGAAUGACCCCAGAGGAUCUCACCGCCAUCGGAGUGACCAAACCAGGCCACAGAAAGAAGAUGACAUCAGAGAUCAACAAACUCAGCGUCACUGAGUGGCUCCCUGACCAGAAACCUGCCAGCCUGGCAGAGUGGUUGUCAGCGAUAGGGCUGAGUCAGUACCAGCAGGUUCUGGUGCAGAACGGAUAUGAAAACAUCGACUUCAUCACAGACAUCACCUGGGAGGACCUGCAGGAGAUAGGCAUCAUGAAGCUGGGCCACCAGAAGAAGCUGAUGCUAGCUGUGAAGCGAUUGGCUGAGAUGCAGCGUGGCUCUGAGGGGCGGAGCUCCCCCAGGAAGAAGCCUCCACCAAUCACACAGCAGCAGGAAGUGAUGUCCAUAGAGAACAGGCCACCUGACAACGAAGUCGUCACUUCUCCCAAGUUGUGCACCUUCCAGGACAGCGAGUUGAGCCCCGAGCUGCAGACAGCGCUGAUCCAGCCUAGCCCAGAGGUCAAGGGUCAGAGGACCCGCAGCCUCAGCAAGGACCCCGAGGAGGGAGUAGGGCCAGGGGGUAGAGGAGGAGGAGGAGUGCCCCCUAAGAAGGAGGCUCGGACCAUGAGACAGACCAGCCAGGGGAGCCAGAGAGGCAGCGCCUCAUCCAAACCUCGCCCACCCUCCCACGCCCACUCAAUGCCGGCACCCCCUUACACUCCCCCUCACACCCCCACCAAGAAACCCCUGUACUCCUCCACCUCCGCCCCGGGCCCCUCACCGCAGGCCAAACCAAAAUCCUCCCCACAGCUAAUACAAGUAGAGAGGCCUGGUUCCCCCCGCUCUCACCCCCUGUCCAACGCACAUCGCGGGACUCACAACACCCAGACUCAGCCUGGUCCUCAGCCCCAGCCUGGUCCUCAGCCCCAGCCUGGUCCUCAGCCCCAGCACCAACCCACACCUACUCCCCAAUCUCACACCCUCCAGCCGCAGCCCAGCCCCCAGGUGUCUGUUCCCCUCCUGUGCCUGCCUCCGGAGGAUGAGGGGGGAGACGGGGGAGAGAUGGGUGAGGCGGGUGAGGCCCUCCUUAAGAAGCGAGCUAACAGUCUGAACCGCUACGCUGGGUCUGACGGAGAGGGGGAGGAGAGGGGGGGUGGAGGGGCGGGGACAGGAGUGGCCCCUCCAGGGAGGCUAGCAGGGGGCGGUACAGGUAAAUACGCCACGGUGACUCACCGGGUCGGCCGCAGCCACUCCGUACGCAACCAGGACAAGAACGUCAACCGCAGCCAAUCACAGUCCAUCGCCCUGCGGCCCAAGAAGAAAGGCCCGCCCCCUCCGCCUCCCAAACGCUCCAGCUCAGCAAUCUCGAACUCCAACCUCGCCGACACACACACGCCGACACACACACACGCGGCUGACGGGCUGCUGGGCGUGCCCUACAACCCCCAGCGACGGGCCAGCGACCUGGGUGUAUCCGUGGAGACGGUCGUCGUGGAUACCGGGAGCGCGGGCAGCGUGAGGAGCAUAGCGGCCAUGUUGGAAAUGUCCUCUAUCGGGGGCGGGGCCAAGGGCAUGGCUAUACAGAGAAACUUCCUACAGCAGCGGGAUGCCAUUGGUCUGGAUGGGGAGGUGGUGAACCGCCGUAGGACCAUCAGUGGUCCUGUUACUGAGCUGGUCGCUGCGGCUCGGAGGGACAGACCUACCCCCGUACCCCUGUGUACCGCACCCCAACCCUCUCCUCUCCCUUCUACACCCCAGCUGCCUUCCUCCCCUCGCUCCCCCUCCUCUCCUCACCCCUCGUCUCCUCACCCCUCGUCUCCUCACACCCCUUCUUCCGGUAGUUCGGCCGAGAACCUUCCGUUUGCUGCUGAGAGGAAACAGACCGUGAAGAGGCAGAGAGGAGAGGGAGAGGAAGAAGGAGAAACAGAGGGCGAUGGAGACGGUCUCCAUGGAGACGGCGUGUUCUCCCUUCCCCAGGAUGAGCUGUCCCGGGUCGACGCCACGGCAACCCUGAAACGGCGUCCCCGCUGCAACAAGCCUCACCCCAACGGGUCCCGUUUCACCCUGACAGAGUCUUCCACCGUCAAGCGCCGUCCCAAGAGCAGAGACAAGGAGCCGGAGGGCUUCUCAGAGAGCGGCAUCGCAGACAUCACCGGGACCUCCAAGACAUGGGCCUCUAACACCGGGGCCGUUAACACCGGGGCCUCUAACACCGGGGCCUCUAACACCGGGGCCUCUAACACCGGGGCCUCUAACACCGGGGCCUCUAACACCGGGGCCUCUAACACCGGGGCCUCUAACACCGGGGCCUCUAACACCGGGGCCGGAGCCGGGACAGAGCCGGGGCCAGCCGUACCGUACGAGAACGGCACCGCCACCGUUAAACGUCGGCCGGUGUAUGAGACGGGAGAAGCGGAGCCUAGUCCGAUCCAGGCUACGCCUCCUCUCAGGGACAGCUCAGACCUGGGAGGACCAGGGGUGGUGGCGGGGGGAGAAGGGGGAGGAGUGGUGACCCCUGGGAGGAAACCCAAACCCCCCGUCUCUCCCAAACCUGUCCUGGCUCAGAUGAGGAGACACUCCUCCUCUAGAAAAGUCCCCCUGCCUGGACCUGGCACCCCCGGCAGCCCAGUUGAAGCAAAGAAGAUUCCUCCCCCAGUCUCCCCCAAACCGGCUCCUCCCCCCACAGCCCCUAAACCAACCAAACACCUCCACACUAUAACCACACCCACCUCCCCCCCCUACUCCUCCUCCCCCAACCCCAACGCCAAACCCCCCACCCCUCCCGCCCAGAGUCCCCACACCCCACUUACCCCCCAGAGUCCCCACACCCCCCUCACACCCACCCCUCCACCUAUCAAACCCCCCCGCUCCUCCAUCGGGGGUGUGUCCGUGGACAUGGGAACAGUGGCGGCGGUCAGCGUGGUGAUGUCAGAGGCGGAGUCUGUGCAUCAGAAGCUGGAGGAGACGAGCGCGUCAUUGGCUGCUGCCUUAAAGGCUGUAGAGGACAAGAUACGAGAGGAACAAGAUUGGGUUGCAGAGGAGAAGACAACGGUCAGUAUCCUUGACGACAUCGGCAGCAUGUUUGACGACCUGGCUGACCAGCUUGAUGCCAUGUUGGAGUAACCGUGACAACAGCUGGCCGUCCCCGUGGCAACGCAGCCUGCCUCAGGACUUCCUCCUUCCCUCCGCAGGCACAACGCUCCUCUCUCUCUCCAUCCUCCUCUGUCCACUGAAGGACAGAGGACCACUCCAUUACAGAGGAGAACUCUUGGCCGCUAGGCAGUCCUGUCACAAGCAGUUACAGCCUCAUGUGAUGAAUUGUAGUUAUGGUAUGUGAUGUGUACAUUGUCAGCAUGAAGAGCGUUUAUAUUUACAGAAAACAGGCUCCUCUCUGAGAGAGAGUCAUGCAUUAGUUCAGUCAUAUUAUAAAUAUAUAUAUAUAAAAUAUAUAGAUAUACGAUUUGGUCUUCUCUGUUGAAUGGUUAUGCUGUUGUCAUGUUUAUGAAUCGCUGGAAUUUUAAUGUGACCAAAAUGUAACUCUGCUCCUGAAGUGUGUGUUCUGGAAUUGUGAGUGUUCUGGAAUCGUGAGUGUUCUGGAAUCGUGAGUGUUCUGGAAUCGUGAGUGUUCUGGAAUCGUCACUGUUCUGGAAUCGUGAGUGUUCUGGAAUCAUCAGUGUUCUGGACGGAGAGGAGGAGAUGACAGCUGGUUGGAUGUAAAGGGCUUCGGAAUGGCAGAACUUCAUGUACAAGCCCCGCCUCCAGAGGCCAGAUUCCGAUGUUAUUCUCUCCUCCUUCCAUAACAUACCCCUCCCUCCCUGUUAUUAACACAGCACUGUGUUGAGUCUGGGGUUAUGGCUCAGGUGGGGGGGGGGUCAAGGGUUCUAGAGGUUCAGUACCAUGUUGACCUCUACUGCACAAUAGAGAAAGUAUAGUUUACGUUUACUUAGCGUGGUUAGGGGCUGAACUGGAACGAAGGGCUCUGGUCAGUCUGGAGAGAUGAAGUGGUACAGGUGGCGGAAUAAGAGACGGCGAAAGGUCAUUCCCCCUUUGACACCACAUAUACAGCGUUUAACGGGAGUCUUUCGCUGCCGCGGCAACGUUGCCUUUAUAUUCCAGUGACAUUAAAACGCUGAACUUCCACGAUAAGGGAUCUGUGAGGGGGGGGUCUGAUGGUGGCUCAUCUCCAAUUCCUCUACUUUACUGCAUCUCUCUCCCUCACUAUUCUCUCUCUCACCCUUUCUCCCCCCUCACUAUUCUCUCUCUCCCCCUCACUACUCCCUCUCUCUCUCCCUCCCUCACUAUUCUCUCUCCCUCCCUCACUAUUCUCUCUCUCACCCUUUCUCCCCCCUCACUAUUCUCUCUCCCCCUCACUACUCCCUCUCUCUCUCCCUCCCUCACUAUUCUCUCUCCCUCCCUCACUAUUCUCUCUCCCCCUCACUAUUCUCUCUCUCUCACCCUCCCUCCCUCACUAUUCUCUCUCCCUCCCUCACUAUUCUCUCUCCCUCCCUCACUAUUCUCUCUCCCUCCCUCACUAUUCUCUCUCCCUUCCUCACUAUUCCCUCUCCCUUCCUCACUAUUCCCUCUCCCGCCCUCACUAUUCCCUCUCCCUCCCUCACUAUUCUCUCUCCCUCCCUCACUAUUCUCUCUCCCUCCCUCACUAUUCUCUCUCACUAUUCUCUUUCUCUCCCUUUAUUUACUGUAUCUAUUUUCUCAUCUCUCGCUCCCUCCAUCCCUCCACUCCACCCUAUCGGAGGAAGAUUAUGUUAACGUCCCCCCCCCCCCUAAACCUGCUAACGUCACAGUGAGGUCUAUCUGCGUCAUCCAUCCAGACAGAACUCACUACAGCCUCUCUUUACGUGCUAAGAGAAUAGUUGGAAUGUUGACGUAAUGAAUAUAUAUAAAUAUAGAGUAAUAUGUGGAUAAUUUUGCAACAACAACAAAAAUAUGUUUUUAAAUUCUGAUUUUAUGAUGUGGGUUUGUUCUGAAGGCUGUAGGUGUUUAAAGUUGUUAAUAAUUACAUGUUAUGUUCUCAAUAAUCAUUUAAAAAUGUAAAUUAUCUUU